UGAAUCAAUCAUACCCACAAGAAGUAUUUAUAAUAAAGUAAUCUGAUCCGUCCAAAGGGGCACACCACAGCUAUAUAAAGAAACUCUGCCUCUGCCUCACCUCACUACUUAUACUCACGGGCUCCAAACCCACAUCCAAACAAAUGGCUUCUUCACUCCCCCAAACAAAACCAGACGCCGAGACGCUCCCCGAUGCCUGGGACUACAAGGGCCGCCCCGCCCUCAGAUCCUCCUCCGGCGGCUGGGCCACCGCCGCCAUGAUUCUAGGUGUGGAGGGGUGUGAGAGGCUGACGACGCUGGGAAUCGCGGUCAAUCUGCUCACCUACUUGACUCGCACCAUGCAUUUGGGAAAUGCUGUUUCCGCCAACACUGUCACCAAUUUUCUUGGCACCUCUUUCAUGCUGUGUUUGCUCGGAGGUUUUAUCGCUGACACCUAUUUAGGAAGGUAUUUGACCAUUGGCAUCUUUGCCACUGUUCAGGCAACGGGUGUAACGAUCUUGACAAUCUCAACCAUAAUCCCGAGCCUCCGGCCGCCGAAGUGCGCCGCCGGAAGCCCGUCAUGUAUUCCGGCAAGCAGCAAGCAGAUGCUGGUCCUCUACGCCGCUCUCUACCUGACCGCCCUCGGCACCGGCGGCCUGAAGUCCAGCGUGUCCGGGUUCGGCUCCGACCAGUUCGACGAGUCCGACGCCAAGGAGAAGAAGCAGAUGAUAAAGUUCUUCAACUGGUUCUUCUUCUUCAUCAGCAUCGGCGCCCUCGCCGCCGUCACCGUGCUCGUCUACAUUCAGGAUCACCUCGGCCGCGAGUGGGGCUACGGCAUCUGCGCCUGCGCCAUCCUCGUCGGCCUCCUCGUCUUCUUGUCCGGGACAAAACGCUACCGUUUCAAGAAGCUGGUCGGCAGCCCGCUCACGCAGAUCGCCUCCGUCUUCGUGGCCGCGUGGCGGAAGAGGCGCCUCCAGCCGCCGUCGGAUGCCUCGCUCCUCUUCGACGUCGACGACAUCGUCGGGGAGGAAGGAGAGACUAAGAAGAGGCUGAAGCAGAAGCAGAAGCUGCCGCACAGCAAGGAGUUCCGUUUUCUCGAUAAGGCAGCUAUCAAGGAUUCAAACAUGGCAAUGAAUGUCCCCAACAAGUGGUACCUUUCCACACUAACAGAUGUUGAAGAAGUGAAAUUGGUAAUAAGAAUGCUCCCAACAUGGGCCACAACGGUCAUGUUUUGGACCGUCUAUGCCCAAAUGACCACUUUCUCCGUCUCUCAAGCAACCACCAUGGACCGCCGCAUCGGCGCAUCCUUCGAGAUUCCCGCCGCCUCCCUCACCGUGUUCUUCGUGGCCACCAUCCUCUUGACCGUGCCGGUGUACGACCGGAUAAUCGCCCCGAUUUGCAAGAAGCUGCUGAAGAACCCGCAAGGCCUAACCCCCCUUCAACGGAUAGGCGUCGGCCUAGUGCUGUCGAUCUUCGCCAUGGCGGCGGCGGCGCUCACCGAGAUCAAGAGACUCAGGGUUGCUCGGUCGCACGGUUUGACGCACGUGCGGGACACGAAUGUGCCGCUGAGCGUGUUCUGGCUGGUCCCACAGUUCCUGCUUGUGGGGUCCGGUGAAGCGUUUACGUACAUGGGGCAGCUUGAUUUCUUCCUGAGAGAGUGCCCUAAGGGGAUGAAGACCAUGUCCACUGGCUUGUUCUUGAGCACUCUCUCACUAGGCUUCUUCGUCAGCUCCAUUUUGGUCACACUUGUGCACAAGCUCACUGCUCACACCAAACCCUGGUUGGCUGAUAAUCUCAAUCAAGGGAGGCUUUACAAUUUCUAUUGGCUGUUGACGAUUUUGAGCCUUUUCAAUUUGAUAGUGUUUUUGGUUUGUUCGAGAUGGUAUGUUUACAAGGAGAAGAGGCUUGCGGAAGAGGGGAUUGAGUUGGAAGAUAGCGGACCCAGUUGCCAUUAAUGUCGAUUUUUCUCUAUUUUCAGCCUUAAUUAUAUAAUUAAUGGUUUUGUAAUAUUUCAAGUGUAAGAAAGCUCAUGAUAUACAGGUAUAUAUAUAUAUAUAUAUUUCAUGUACGCAGCCUGUGGAGUGGGGUCGAUAUAAGAAAAAUCACAAGUGAUAUUUCUU